GGGAGGCGCCCAAAAGCUGAAGUACAUUUCAGUCACACCCACUGCUACACUAAACCACUCCCUGCCCCCAGACCAAAAACAAAAAGGCUUAGCUCGUAACAUAGGCCUGCCUAAAUGUACCUGCACUGGCAGCUUACACCAAAAACCUCACAUCUAGCACCUACCUAUGGUAGAGGGUGCUACACUUAAAUAACAGCAACUACUGUAUAAUAAUUGCAAACAGUUUGCUAAUUUGAAGGGUACAAUUUAUGUAAAUGGGUUGCCAAGGGUUACAAUAUUUGGAAUUGGGUUACCAUGGGUUAUGCAUGUGAAAAUAAAAGGGUGGGCUUAGAACAGAACCACUGUUCUAAACUGUCUUAUCAUUUAAAAUAUACAUGCAGGUCUACCAGAUUGAUUGUCUGUGUUCCCUCUGUGGUGAGACUGUAUGAGUCUUUGUACCAUUUAAUACUGUAUUUCUCUGUAUAAAGAUUUCCCUGUAUAUGGCCAUCUUCAGAGAUACAGAUGGUUUGUGUCAAACACUGCGUGAUCUGGAAUAUAUACGUAUGCUAAAUACACCAGCACUAAAAUUACCUGUCAGCGCGACCAAAGCUUUCUAACAAUAAUGAGAAAACAGAAGAAUGCAGGCUCAGAUGGAGGAUUGCCUGUAAUGAGCAGCAACUCCAUCCUUCCUCCCUGCCUGCAGACUCCUCCCUGGAUCUGCUCACUCUUCCAAUCCCUUGUCCCCAUGCCUGGCUCUCUAUACCACCUAACAUUCUGUUCUGUCUCAUUCCUUCUGUCUGCAGCUGAUAUUUUCUCAUUAUAAGUCUUUUCUCUCAUUUUCUGUCAUUUAACUGCUGUACCACUGAUCUUCCUGACAUUUUCUUCUUCUUUUUAAAUCCCCACUUCAUUUUUUUUUCAUUGCUGCAUACAGAUCUAGCAGACAAUUUCAAUACCAUUACCUUAGUUACCCUCUGUCUCCCCUCCAUCUCCAUCCUCUCUCAGUGCCAGGCUGUGCCACAGCUACUGCAGUAUGGAGGAUGUGGAUGGUCAGAGUACAGGCAGAGCCCAGCAGAUAACAGGAUCCAAUCCAGGUUCAGGAGGACCUGGUCGCUGGCUCCCACAGCCUCUUACCAGAAGAAACCAUUCUUAUCCAAGAGAACUACUGAAUGGUGGGUACUCAGAGGAUGAGGAGCCACCUGACCUUGAGUCAGAAUCUGGAGAUGUGCCAAGCAGUUCAGAAAGUGGUCCAAACAGCAUGCUCCUUGAGAGCCAAGAUUUGAGGACGCAGAUUAUCCAGCUGUUGACAGAGCUGGAAGAGACCCGGGAGCUGGCACUGAAACAUGAAGACAGCUUUCUUGAGAUGCAAGGUAUCCUGGAAGAGGAGAGGUUGGCCAGUGCUCAGCAAGCUGAGAUUUUCACUAAGCAAAUUCAGAGGCUCCAGGCUCAGUUGCGUUCAGUACAGGAGGAGGUGGACAGCUUGGAACAUGAGAAGGACUGCGAACUGCUGGAGGUGUCCCAAGAGUUACGCUGUGCACAGGAGGAGAUCAUGUCUCUGCGUCAGUCAGCAGAGGAGGCAGCAGCUGAGCGUGAGAGUGACAUUGCCUCAUUGCAAGAGGAGUUGUGUAGACUACGAGCAGAGCUACAUGAGCUUCAGGAGACAAGGCAGGAGUACGAGAUGGAGAUAACCACCUUAAGAGCAGAGAUCAGCAUGAAGAGCUGUAGUGUGCAUGCAGGACAGGAACCUGCAACGCUGCAAGGAGAGCUGCAGUUCCUGCGGGACCAGUGCCAACAUCUCCAGAUGGAGCGCAGUAUCCUGCAGGAGAGUAACAGCCAGCUGAAGAGUCAUCUUCUGCUGCUGGGAGAAGAGAGAGAAGGAGAUGCAGAUCAAGGCAAUGCAUUAAGUGAAUCUCAGCCAGAACAAGAAGAAGAAAAUAACCUGAAGGAAGAAAACCCAACACAAUAUGAUUCUGAAAGCACCAUUGCCCUCAGCUUGCCUAUUGAGAGAAAUACAGUGACAGAUGUUGAGAAGCAGAAGCUGACCCGGGAGGAGGAGAGGCAAAAACUGCACAUCCAGCUCCAAAGUGCAGAACAAAAAGUGCAGAUAGCACAGGCUGAGUGUGCUGGUCUCCUAAGUGAGAUUGAGGAGCUACAGCAACGCCAUCAGAUCAGCCAAGAGGAUCAGGAGAAGUUACAAGAGGAACUGAGAUUGUGCAGAGAGGAGAUUCAUAGGCUGAAGGAAAGCGGCUUGCAGGCUGCUCUGUGGAAUCCCCUCUUCCUCCUUGCAGUGGCUGCAGCGGUUGUCUUACUAUGUCCGAGUCUAAGGAGAGGCCCCGACUGAGUCUGGACAGCGACAAUACAGCACAGCAACAUUUCUACAUAGACCAACAGUAGCGCACCUCAUCUAUUUGGUGUCAUGCUUUGUCACACGUUUACUAUGCUAUCAAUGCAGCAAGUCACUGCACUUUGCAUCUACAUCACUCUAAAAUUCAGUUAGAUACCUAACCUAAAUACAACAUGGCAAUCUCAGCCUACACAACACAGCAUAAUGGGUGAAAGUCGCCCAGCAUAGUGUUUCUUUUUAAUUUUGUCCAUGAUUUCUGAGUAAUAUAACACUAAUUCAUUCAUAGAAAAAUCUGAUACAGCGAACAGUAUUGUUAGGAACCGUUACAUAACAUAACCAUUGAAUAACUAGCAAAAACAAAUUGUAUACAAAUUCUAUAGAGCUAAUGCAUUUGUAUUUGUAGCAAUUUAGUGGAUACCUGCAUAAUUUCUGAAGUAUCAUCAUUCAGUCCAUUAUAAUCAUAUUCCUUCUAUUUAAAAGGCAGUAACUGGUAUGUGUUUUACACCCCUACUUACCCCUAUCUGUCUAGGUUCUAAGGUGCCUCUCUGUCAGACCCCCAUGUAGAACAGUGUCUACAAGAACUGCUAAUUCAUAGUGCUGAAAGACACAAAUGUAUGAGUUGCUAUGAGCAGAGCACUUAUUUCCUUUAGACAAUUUUAUAGACGAGGGACAAUGUCACCGCGUUCUGUGGCAGCCUGCAUGUUCCCCAGGGCUCUCAGUCCUAGAGACCUACAGAUCGAAUAUUUUUUUUUUUAGUAUCUUAUCUUACUGUUCUUGGAAUGUUUGAAUUAAUUUACCUGCAUAGUUAUAUGGUUUGUGUUAUAAUACACUCAUGUGUCGAGUGCUAGAGGUGCUAAGCUAGUAUUUGUUAUAGUCUUUUAUAUGGUCAUCUACUGCGAUAGUUUGAUAUAUGAACUUUUUAUUUAUAGAGAUAGCAACUGAAUUACCAUUUUUUGUUUGGGCAAUAUGGGUGCUAAACUUUACCUGUCUUUGACUGUAAACCUGAUUCUUCAGAUUAUCAACUACUUUUAUAGUAAGAUAUAACACUUUUCUUUCUUUUUUAAGAUUAAGAUUAUUGGUGCAGGUUCACAAUAUACCAUCAUAUAGAGGAAAACAUCCACGGAGUCGUUUAUAUAACAGAAAAGCCAUGUAAGACUUAGUAUAGCUGCUAUUAACACACACAUAGAAAAUGCUUUUUUAGUUAUUAUGAAUUUUACCUUGAUACAUUGAUGGAUUUAUAAUCAUUUAGGGCCCACCUCCAGCCAAAAUAUUUUUUUGUUUUGGUUAGAGUGUUGAAGGGUUUAAGCAUAUACCAUUUUUUCUAUUGUUACUACACAAUGGAUAAUACUUUAUUGAAGAUGUGCUGGCUCAACUUAAGACAUUAUCAAGUAUUUUUUAAAUAUUAUUAUUAUUGCUAUUAUUAUAAUACAGGAUUUAUAUAGACCCAACCGUUUGCACAGCUCUUUAUAAAAUAAAGGGAGACAGUACAGUUAGAUUUCAAUUAGAAACAAUAGGGUUAGGAGAUCUUGGCUCAUUAAAGCCUACAAUCUUAAAGGGAGGGGCAAGUGGUACAAAACGUAAUAACUGAGGGAUGAGUUAAUGGAGAAAGUACAGUUUCCAGGUUGAAGUGGGAUAGGCUUCCCUGAAGAGAUGAGUUUUUAGAGAUUGCCUAAAAAGCAGACAGAGUAGGAGAUUGGGGUUGAGAGUUCCACAGGAAGGGAGCAUUUCUAAAGAAACCCUAGAGUCAUGCAUAGAGGAGUUGACAAGGGAGGUAGAGAGUGGGAGGAGCAGAGAGGACGGUUUGGGUUAUAUUUUACAAAAGGUUGGUGAUCCAACUUGAGACAGGUUUGUAGUGGCUUUGAAUUACAUUUAGAAUUGGCAAAGAGAGUCAAUGGCCACAGGACAGUUGGUAAGGUGGAUAAGUCUGGUGGCAGAAUUCAUGAUAGACUGAAUUGAGGAUAGUAUGUGUAAAGGUAGGCCAACAUGGAGGAAGUUGCAAAGGUUGACUAGAGAGAUGACAGUAGAGUGAAUUGGUAACUUUGUGUUGCCAAUUGUUAGGAAGGAGCACAUUUUGGAAAUGUUACAGUGGUGAAGGCAGCAAUAUUUGGACAAUGAUAGGAUGUGGGGCCGGAUGGAGAGGUUAGAGUCCAGGAUUACACCUAGUACACCUACGUGAGAGGAGGAACUCAUAUUUGUGCUAUUGAUCUGGGUGGAAAAGUCCGAGUAGGGGACAUGGGUGAAAGAGGAAGUGGUGUGACAUCCAUACUGAUAUGUCAGUUAGUAAAUUUGCGAUGCAUAAAGAGACUGAAGGGGUGAGCUGAAGAGUAAACCAAAUAGAUCUGGGUGUUGUCAGAAUGAAAAUCAUAUGAGAAUCCAUGUGAGGUUAUCAACUGACCCACAGAGUAGGUGCAGAUAGAGAUCAGGACUCAGGAGGGGUCUGAGGACAAAUCCUUAGAGGACCCCUACAGAAAGAGGAGGAACAGAGGAGGAGAUAGUGUUGUAGGUAACAUUGAAGCUACAUUGGGAUAGGUAAGAGGAGAAUCAGAAAAGAGCAGAGUCUUGAGGCCAAGGGAGAAACGUUUUUUGAGAAGUGGGUGGUCAACUGUAUGAAAGGCAGCAGAAAGGUCUAAAGCUGGCUCACUGAUCGAAAUUCAGCUGGUUCAACUGAUCGACUUCUGUCAAAGGGACAUGCUGGAAAAUGUUUCUCGAUCAGUGGCUGUCAGCGGGUCCUGGUUUCAGAAUACAAUGUCCUGGCAGAGAGGAUUCCUCCAUCUACCUUGUAAGUGUGGAUGAAGGAAUCCGCUGGCUGAAUAAAAAAAAAAAAAAGUAAGAACUUAACUGGCCAGCUUAAGAGUUUGAGUACAGAGUAGCUGUUGUCAGUGAGGCGCUAUACUAGAAAUUUGGAGGUAAAUGGGAGCAAAGAGAUUGGCCUUAAGUUGUUCAGACAUGUGGGGUCCAACAAGUAAUGUUUUUAAAGUACGGGGAGACCAAAGCAUGUUUAAGAAACCAAAAAAUUGACACAGCUUCAAAAGCAAUCAAAGUACAAACCCUUAUUGUUACUCCAAAAUAUAUACAUCUCUAAUCUAUAAAAAAUAUAUAUAUAUAUUUUUUCUUUUUUGUAUAUUCUUUAUUUAAGUAAGGAAUUAAUGUUUGACAAUAAAAUACAUACAGUAUAUGAAUACAAUGUACACAGUAUCAGUAAAUGGAAAACAUAUGAAUAAAUAAUAAACAAUAUAGGUCAAAUGUCACAAAUAAUAAAUAAAA